CCGGCCGUGGCGUCCAUUGCGCCGCCGAUUUUGUAGCGGGCACUGCCCCGACAUUCGUCAUGUCUGGCGCGGCAGAGGAAAGGAUGGCGCGGGCGAGGAUGGACAUAAAAGGCGGCGUCACCCAUUCCCGCUCCCACUUCCAUGCAGCAGACCACACCACACCAGCCGUCUUGGAAGCAACAGUUCCCAUUCAAAGAACAAGCCAUCGCCAUCACCACUUUCGCUCACCCUCCAACAUCCCACAGACAUCACCAUGACCACCACCACCACCACCACCACACCGAAAACGAAAACAAUCCUCUUCCUCGGCGCCACCGGCGGCGUGGCCCUCGCAACCCUCCGCCGCGCCCUGGCCGCCGGCCACACCUGCAUCGCCCUCUGCCGCACGCCCGCCAAGCUGACCGCCUGCUUCCCCGACAACACGCCCCCGGCCAACCUGCGCCUCGUCCAGGGCGACGCCCACGACGCGUCCACUCUCGAGCGCUGCCUGCUCCUGCCCCCGGCGGACGCGGAUGCGGAGAACAACGGCAACAGCAACGGCCCCGUCGCCGUCGUCGACGCCAUCGUCUUCUCCAUCGGCGCCCGGCCCACCCUGCGCGGCAUCUCCGACCCGCACGUGUGCGAGGCCGGCAUGCGCGCCCUGCUCGACGCCCUGCGCCGCUGUCGCGCCCGGGCCAACUCCAACUCCACAUGGACGCCCCCUCGCCUGGUGGUCGUCAGCACGACCGGCAUCAGCGCCCACCAGCGCGACGUGCCGCUGCCCAUGCUGCCGCUGUACAGGCUGCUGCUGCACACGGCGCACGAGGACAAGCGGGCCAUGGAGCGGCUCGUCAUGGACACCACUGCGACGACGACGACGAGGACGAGGAGGAGCAGCGCGAGAGGGGAGGAAGAAGAAGAACCGCAGGCGGAAGAAGGGGAUGGACCGGAGGACAACGACCGGCCGCUGGUCGACUGGACCCUCGUGCGCGGCAGUCUCUACACCGACGGGCCCGCCACCGAGGGGCGCGUCAGAGUCGGCAUGGAGGAUCCCGUCCGCGGCGUCGUGCACAGCCGCGCCGUCGGGUACACCAUCAGCCGCGAGGACGUGGGCAAGUGGGUGUGGGAGAACUGCCUUUGCGCGGAUGACGGCAAGUGGGUGGGCAAGGCGGCGACGAUUACUUACUAGCUGUUUUUUUUUUUUUUUUUUUUUUUUUUUUCUCUUCCCUCUUUCCCAUUCCCCUUUCUGUCGCUCUUGACUGUACUUUUGCGUUUGAUUAGAUGGUUGUGUUGUUGUUCAGUUCUCUGCAUUACUGACGUUAAUCAUUACGAAC